AUGGCGGCCGCAGCGCUGCUCCGGGGUGCAGCUCCAGGGCGCGGCGGCCGGGCCUGGAGCUGGCGGCUGCGCGCUGCCCCGAGGCGUCGCCUGGGCCACAACUCCUGCUGUCAGCGUGGUGAGUCCGCGGGCAGCGCGGCGUGGGCCUGCUUCCUACUGGACGAGCGCGCCCUGGUGCGCGUGCGUGGGCCGGACUCUGCGCCCUUUCUCCUGGGUCUGCUGACCAAUGAGCUGCCGCUUCCAGGUCCUGCGGCCGGCGAGGCUUCAACUUCGGCGCGUUCGGGCUACGCCCACUUUCUUAACGUCCAGGGACGCACCCUCUAUGACGUCAUUCUCUACGGGCUCCCUGAGGGCUCCCACGAGCAGCCCACUUUCCUCCUGGAGUGUGACAGCUCAGUGCUGGAUGCGCUGCAGAGGCACCUGGUGCUGCACAAGAUCCGGCGGAAGGUCACCGUGGAGCCAUGCCCCGAGCUGCGGGUGUGGGCCGUGCUGCCCUGUGCCCCUGAGGAGGCCGGCAGGGCUGUGCUGCUUCAGGAGAAGGCCAAGUGCACCACCAUCCUCACCCGUGAUCCCCGGACUGCUCGCAUGGGCUGGCGGCUCCUCUCCCAGGAUGAGGGCUCAGCGCUGGUGCUCGGGGGCCGUCUUGGGGACCUCCAGGAUUAUCACCGACACCGGUACCAGCAAGGCGUUCCCGAGGGGGUCCAUGACCUGCCCCCAGGAGUAGCCCUACCGCUGGAGUCUAACCUGGCCUUCAUGAAUGGCGUCAGCUUCACCAAAGGCUGCUACAUUGGCCAGGAGCUGACGGCUCGCACCCACCACAUGGGUGUCAUCCGAAAGCGCCUCUUCCCAGUACAGCUCUCAGGCCCCCUCCCUGUGGGCAGCAUUGCCCCUGGCACCUCUGUGCUCACCAAGUCGGGGCAGGCAGCCGGCAAGUACAGGGCAGGCCUGGGGGACGUGGGUCUGGCUCUGUUGCGGUCCGAGAAAAUCAAGGGUCCUCUCCACAUCAGAAGCUCUGAGAGUGGCCUUGUGGCCCUAACUGCAUCUGUGCCAGACUGGUGGCCCACAUCCACUAAGUAGUCCUGGAUGUCCCUGCAGUCCUGUACAAGGCCUCUGUUUAUCUGCUGCACCCUGUAGGCCAGCCCCCACUUCCUAGGGUGGCCCAGCUGAAAGAAUACCCCCUUGGAGGGUCCCCAAGUGUACGUGGGCCUCCCAGAGCUGCAGGCAUGGUGGGGCAUGCUGCUGCAGCCCAGGUGUUCCCAGCCCAUCAUGCUUCCUGUGGAGGGUCCUGUGCUGAGGCUGGCUGUCCUCUCGUGGUGGCUUUGUGGCUGGAGCAUCAGGAGCCCUCCUGAGGACUGAGGGUGGGUAGAAGUGAGUCCUGCGCCUGCCUCUGUGCUGAGCAGAGGCCCAGCUUCCCCCAGGCCCUGGAUGAGAUUCCGAACCAUAUAGAUCUAGAGGUAGUUCAUCCAUCAGCCAAGGGCAGGAUGCCUCGGGGCUGUCCGCACCCCUCUGAUCCUGCUUGGUCAGGCCUGGAAAGGAGGCUUCUUAGUGUCUGGGGUGGCUGAAGGGGCAAGUGGGCUCUGGGAAUGGUCUUACCAUGUUGGCUUGGGGGCAUGUCUCAGGGUGGGAAUCUCUUGGGGCCAGGUGGAGUGGCGGUGUCUGUGAGUGGAGGCACAUGCACUGCUCACACCCACCUGAGCCCUCCAAGGUGUAUCUCUGUGCUCAGGGGUGCCAGCUGGGGGAGCCCCAAUACCAUUUUAUGCCAGGGUAGCACAUCUCCACAGCUUCGGCCCCACAAUGGCAUUGGCAGCCCCCUCUCCCCACCAUAGCCCUCAUGAGCUCAGGGGAGGAGUGGCUGCCCUGGGACGACAGUGCCCAGGGUGCAGAGAGGAGUUUCUCCUUGGCUUACUUGCUGCUGUUUUCUGAUGUAGUCAUGUCUUCACAGUAAGGGGAUGACUUACUUCCCCACUUUAAACCACUGACCUCCAUUUUCCCACUGCAGUGUGAAUCUCAUGGUUACUGGGUGUCCUACCUGAUGCCUCAGAGUGGCUAUUAAAGUGUGACGCACAACUGCCCCAUGUGGAACUCUGGGUUUUUUUUUUCCCCCCCUUAACUUUAUUUAUUUAUUUAUUUAAAAUUUUUAUUGUAGUAUAGUUGAUUUGCAAUGUUGUGUUAGUUUCUGCUAUACAGCAAUCAGUUAUACAUACAUCCACCCUUUUUGAGAUUCUUUUUCCAUCUAGGUCAUUACAUAGUAUUGAGGAGAGCUCCCUGUGCUAUACAGUAGGUCCUUAUUAUCUGUUUUAUAUAUAGUAGUGUGUAUAUGUCAAUCCCAAUCUCCCAAUUUAUCUCUCCCCCACGCCUCCCCACUUCCCACCCUGGUAACCAUAAGUUUGUUUUCUACAUCUGUGACUCUAUUUCUGUUUUGUAAAUAAGUUCAUUUGUACCAUUUUUUUUAAGAUUCCGCAUGUAAGCGAUAUCAUAUGAUAUUUGUCUUUCUCUGUCUGACUUACUUCACUCAGCAUGACAAUCUGUAGGUCCAUCCAUGUUGCUGCAAAUGAUAUUAUUUUGUUCUUUUUUAUGGCUGAGUAAUAUUCCAUUGUAUAUAUGUACAUUUUUUUUAAAGAUUUCAACAAAUUUUUACAAUAUAUAUUGAGCACGAAUUCCUGUACAGCUUAUUCUUACUAGUUGGGAUCCAGCUAUUCCAAUGUAUUAUGAACCAGUGAGCUGUCCAUGUCUUUUAAAACAAGUCUCAACUGAAAUCUCAGAACAAUCACAGCAAAAGCCAUGGAAUAAUGGAAGAAUUAGAUGUUUCCAUCAUAAUUAAGACCAAGGCUCCAUGAUGGGCAGGAGAGAGCAUUCAAGGAUAAAAAUCAAGUUUUCUACCUAGGUUAGACAGUAACUGAAUUGGGAUCUUAGAAUUCCCAACUUUUAUUUGGUGUAGUAAUAAGAUACAAAAAAGGCAGGGGCACCUUUUUUUCCUAAAUGGAAACCUUCACCAAAAGAGGUUAGAAGACUUCAAGGCAAGUUCUUUCUCCAAAAUGAGUAAAUGACAUCAGUUCUAAUUCUUACUGAGGUUACAAAACCAACCAUCAGAAUAUUAUUAACUCAUGUCUAAGAGGGAAAUUGGGAGGUAGGGAAAGGUAAGGCCUCAGCAGAGAAAGCAAGUUUUAAGUAGGGAGACAGCCAGCUUCUGCCCUGAAGUUAUUGCUAGGUUGUAACUGAGUUGCAUAUAUGUAGACCUGUUUCACAGACGAAUUGAGUAGCUGAAUCCUUUGUUAAUCUGGUAGGCACUGUAAACUGUAGUAUUUACUGUCCAGCAGAAAGGUGAAAGAUGAUGUCUUUCCAGGGAAAUCUCUUGAUUCCCCCAGUUUCUACAAAGGCUGUAGCCAAGAAUCAAAUCAUCCAGGCCUUGGUAUAAUGUCAAGGUAGAUGAUCCAGUGUUCAGCUGACGACCACUUUAUAAAAUUAUUUCACUCCCCCAAAAAGGGAUUAGUGGUUGAUGGAGAGAAAGCAUUAAGCAUGUCUGUACCAAUAAAGAGGUUCCCUUCGAAGUUUC